AUGAUUGAUCCUCGUCCAAGGCCUCUCCGUAAUUUCCUUCUACUCUUUGCUGAUCCCUGCACUGAAUCAUCAUCCUCCUCUUCCCCCAACAACAAUCAACAUUUAAUUAAAUUUCAGGCGAAAGAUUUAGCAUGGGUUCAAGAUGGCAUCGGGUACAAGACACUCUUCCUUCGAAUUCUGUCCUUUUUGGAUCAAUAUGAUUUGGCGCAGAGUAUCCAACCUGUGUGUAAAUUAUUUCAAAAUUUUGCAAAUUGUGAUUUGUUGUGGGAACAAUUAUUUUGGAAUUUAUUCACACAGGAUUUCGGGCUCACAAAAGAAGAAACUCAAAAGUAUUUGAAUCCAUCAAAUUUAGACACAAUGGUAGGCAUUUACACCGAACAGUCUCUCAUUCCUGAAAACUCAUGGAAAUUCAAAGUGGUGAAUGGUGUAAGAUUAUAUUAUUUGGAAGGCCAUCCCUCAAGGGACUACGCAAGUGACACUCCAGGUGAAGCUGGGAUAUGGCGAUUGGAUUGUUCACAAUGCGGAGCACCAUUUCAUCACAGAGAGCCAUACAUCGAGGAAGCUGACUCUGGAGAUUGUCUACAUUUAGAUUGUGUGGAUAAGGAAGAAUUUAAUGAAAAGAUCGAACAUUUUGCUCAAAUUUAUGGCUAUAUAUCCCAUUUUUCAAGAAAUGAGAUCAUUUCAACCUUCUUUAAAAGACGUUUCAUUCAUUCCAAUAAGGGUGAAGAUGAUAUAUCUGAUGAAUCUGUUGCAGAAUAUACGUGUGAUGCCUGUGGUGAGCCAAUUCACACUAUUCGAUAUUCAUGUCUCGAUUGUGAAUUUGAUCUUUGUGGAUACUGUUGUGAAAGGUUAGUGUAUCAUCAAAAGGGAGUUGAUAUGGCAUUUUGUAAAGGUGUAGAGCAUCCACACAAUCACACCUUCCUCACAGUGGGAGAGGAAUAUUUUGAUACCUAUUCAUGCAAUGUGUGUAAGGAAAAGAUUCGUGGAUUUAGAUACCAUGAUCCUACCAAAGACAACUUUGACCUUUGUACUUUGUGUUUUAAGACAAAACGUGAGGCAAAUAUUGACUAUGACAAAAUUGAUCUCCAUGGAGAGAUUGUUACUGAAUCAUUCUAUCAAUUCCUAUGUAACAAGAUGCAUCUCCAGGAAUUGAAAGAUGUUUACAAAAAUGUAUUUGAUAUGACUGUGAAGGGAGUUAAAUCUCAACUUGUCGAAGAAUUAUUGGAAUUGUUGGAAGAGAAAAAGGAGAAAAAUACUCGCCCUAGAUUGUGUACACUUGUUUCUAAUGUUCCAAGAUUUUGUUGCAAAGAUGAUGAAUGUCAUGUGUUGAAAGAAGAUGCCAUCGAUGCCUUAGUGGCAAGUUUGGAUCUGGUUGAGAAGGAACAAGUGAAACCUCCCAAAAAGAAAUCAAAAAAGGAGGCCAUUGUGAAUGAUGAGGAAUAG